AUGCCAAACAACCCAGCAGAUGGGUUUCCCGGCAAGCACACGUUCAAGCGGCAGGUGCAGAAAGGUUCGGAAGGCGUCGUCAACGCAUGGACCCACACCUCGACAGGCGUCGUCGUAGCAGUAAAGGUCAUCAAAUCCAAGGCGGAACUACCGCGUGAAGUCGAGAUCCUGACGAAACUGCCACUGCACGAUUCCGUUAUCAUGUGCCUAGCCUUCUAUGAUAAGCAGCCGGUAUCAGACACCUUUUCAAUUGUUCUCGAGUAUUGUCCGCUCGGCGAUUUGUACGACUUGUACUGGACAAAGGCGAUGGUGAAGAAUAGGGCCGUUGUUGCGGAACGAACCAUGUGGACGGUACUUAGUCAACUUCUGAGCGCUGUUGCGUUCUUGCACGAAGGCAUCGGCUGCAGAAACCCAUUGGACGUCGACUACUGGAAACCGGUCGUGCAUCGCGAUAUCAAGAUGGAAAACAUCCUAGUGAAGAGUCUAGGGUCGAAAGACGACUGGUCGGAAAUGGUGAUAAAACUCGGGGAUUUUGGCCUGUCCGCUUGGUAUGAUCCAACAAAUCCUAUUCCAUCAGAGACAACAGGAACUCCCUUAUGCUGGCCGCCGGAAACAACCUGGGAAAACAAGACCAUGACGCCGGCGGGUGAUGUCUGGGCUGUGGGCACUGUGAUCCACGAAAUGGCACACGGAUUCAAGCCAGUUGUCGACAUGGUUUUGACUAAGAAGAAGUGGUAUGGGGAGAACGUCGGGCGGCCGUAUCCAGAGCAUUGGCACGAGGCAACGAAGAAGCACUUUUGGUUUGCGAAGUCGCCGCGCAAAGUCCUGCCUAUAAAUGUAGACAGUCACGCGCUAGAUCCACGGUCACACAGGCCGACUCCGAAGUACUCAAACUCGCUCAAUGAAUGCAUGAUGAUGGCGCUGACCAUGGAAAUGGAUGAGCGUCCGGGGUCUGGGGUACUUUCAGCACAUGUUGAAGAGGCAUAUGCCGAGUACCUCUUCCAGGAGCUGAGGAUUGAGAAUGAAAGGGAGACCGCGGCCGCAGCAGAAGAUGGCGAUGAGGCGUGGUACGUCUAA